CUCUCUCUCUCCGUCCAGACAACAAUUCCUGGUGUUCCACUCGUCUAUGCUUUCCCCUCAGGGCCGGAAGCGUUUUUUCUUUCCAUUUUCAUCGCCGGCAUACUUGUCGAUAUACUCAUCGGAUAUUGCCGGAAUACCCGGAUUUUACUCGGCUCCGGUCAUCGGAUCCGAUUGAAUAUUCGAAUCUCCGCCUCAAUUGGCCUAUGCAUAUGCCCAUCUACUCAUUCAUUGUAAUUUUAUUGUACAUAUAAUAUUUGCUGUCGGUAAGUAACUAUUGUCCAUGGAGGAUUGUGCGAGCGACGAGGAGUAUUAUUACUCCGAUCGGGACUCGCUCGACGGCCUUGAGAACGAGGAGUCUGAGUUCCAGUGUGCCCCUACCAAGGGUCCCACGACUAAGGUAAUUACAAAAGAAUCUCUUUUGGCUGCGCAGAGGGAGGAUUUGCGUAGAGUUAUGGACUUGCUAUCCCUGAGGGAGCAUCAUGCCAGGACUUUACUUAUUCAUUACCGCUGGGAUGUUGAACGGUUGUUUGCAGUGCUUGUAGAGAAAGGGAAGGCUUGCUUGUUUGCCGAAGCGGGUGUUACAGUGGUUGAGCAUCAAGAUCUCGAUUCACCACUGUAUUCCACAAUAACAUGUGAUAUCUGCAUGGAGGAUGUAGCUAGUGACGAGGCAACAAGAGUGGACUGUGGCCAUUGUUUUUGCAACAACUGUUGGACAGAACACUUUAUAGUGAAGAUAAAUGAUGGUCAAAGUAGGCGCAUUAGGUGCAUGGCACACAAAUGCAAUUCUAUAUGUGAUGAAGCAGUUGUAAGGAAUUUAGUCAGUAAAAGGCAUCCUGAUAUGGCAGAGAAGUUUGAUAGAUUUCUUCUUGAGUCAUAUAUUGAAGAUAAUAAGAGGGUUAAAUGGUGCCCAAGUGCUCCACAUUGCGGGAACGCAAUCCGCAUUGAGGAUGAUGAAUUCUGCGAGGUAGAAUGUUCAUGUGGUUUGCAGUUUUGUUUCAGUUGCUUGUCAGAAGCACACUCGCCUUGUUCAUGUCUGAUGUGGGAACUUUGGGCCAAGAAGUGCCGAGAUGAAUCAGAAACAGUUAAUUGGAUAACAGCUCAUACAAAGCCUUGUCCAAAGUGCCACAAACAUGUGGAGAAGAAUGGUGGUUGCAACCUUGUGAGCUGCAUCUGUGGUCAAGCAUUUUGUUGGCUUUGUGGUGGAGCUACUGGCCGAGACCAUACUUGGUCAAGUAUAACUGGUCAUAGUUGUGGUCGUUUUAAAGCAGAACGAGAGAAAAAAUCUGAACGUGCAAAGCGGGAUCACGAUCGAUAUCUGCACUAUUUUAAUCGCUACAGAGCUCACACAGAUUCUUUCAAGCAGGAAAGUAAGUUGAAAGAAACCAUACAAGAGAGGGUGUCAAUUACAGAAGAAAGGGAUUCAAGGCUCAGAGAUUUCAGCUGGGUAAAUAAUGGGCUCUCUAGGCUUUUCAGAUCCAGGCGUGUUCUUUCAUACUCAUACCCAUUUGCGUUCUAUAUGUUUGGAGAUGAGCUGUUCAAUGAUGAGAUGACAAAAGAAGAAAAUGAAAUUAAACAGCAUUUAUUUGAGGACCAGCAGCAGCAGCUUGAGGCAAAUGUUGAGAAACUUUCUAAGUUUUUGGAGGAGCCCUUCGAUCAAUUUAGUGAAGAUAAAGUUAUGGAGAUAAGGAUGCAAGUCAUUAACUUGUCAGUUAUUACAGACACACUCUGUCAAAAAUUGUAUGAUUGCAUUGAAAAUGAUUUGUUGGGUUCUCUCGAAUUUGGUAACCACAAUAUUGCUCCUUACAAGUCAAAGGGAAUUGAGAGGGCAUCAGAACUUAUUGCUUGCUGGAAAGCCAAUAAUAGUGACAAAUAUGUAGCUUCUGACCAUGGCACAAGUGCAGAAUUUGAUCGACCUUCAGGCUCCGGGAGUUCCGACGAGAGUGGAUGCUCUUCCAGGAAGCGUGCUAGAAAGGAUGGUCUUGGAGGUGGCCUUUUUGAUCUAAACUUGCCAGCCGAGGUUGUUGACAGAACUUGAUCUUCAAAGUUGUAGGCUUCAUAUAAGUACCAACAUAUGUACAGAUCUAACAUUACUCCAUUAUUACUUCAAUGCGAUUGAUCAUUUCUCGAUGAUAACACCCAAGAACUUUACCUUUCCGCAUUAUCUUCUCUUUUCUUUUGUUGUGAUUUUCUCGAAGAGAAAUGUGGGAAAUCCUUGUACCUAUUUCUAUCAUUUUCUCUUCGAAGAUCCAA